AUGCCGACACCGCGCGCACCCCGCAGCGCCUCGUCGUCCCCCUUCGACCUCCUCCCGCGCCUCAUCUCGCCCGCCGCGUCCGCCGGCUACUCGUCCGGCCUGUCUUCGCCCUCGAGCCGCGACGGGAGCGCAGCCGGCGGUGCCACCGACCCGCUCCUCCCGCGCUCGUUCCACUCGGCGUCGGACCCUGCCUCGCCCCACUCGACCUCGCACCGCCGCAGUACCUCGCUGUCCGCCAACGGUCACCCCGGCUCGGGCACCUUCACGCCCACCUCGCCCUCGUCGCCUGUCGGCCAGUCGCCGUUCGCCGCUCCUGCACCAAAACCCGCCCGGCGCACCUCGGCGAGGCGCUGGGCCGCACUCGUCGUCGUCGCGCUCGUGUGCGGAAUCGCGCUCGUCUCGACGGGAGCGGGCCCGGUCGACGGCGGCGACGGGUACGCGACGAGCGUGCGGGAGGGGUGGCCGGCAAGCGUCGAGGGGGUCAAGAGCUGGACGGGCGGGACGUGGCAGGGCGGAGGAGAACCGCCAGGCCGGAGCGAGGGCGUCGACGGCGCGAGAGCGCCCCUGGCGGCGCCCGCUGUGUCGGGAGGACACGUUGAGGGCGACGACGCGGCGGACGAGGGGUUGCUGAGCGAGGGCAUGGGCGAGUCGGCGCAGGACGUCGAGGACCACCCGGCGGUCCAGGCGACGCAGGACGUCGACACCGCGACCGCCUCGAGGGCCUCACCCCGGCCACCAGUGCUCAACGUCAACCCGUAUCCGCGACCUGUGCCUCGUGACCCCAAGGUCGCCGGCGAGAUGCGCUUCCUCUCGUUCGAGAACCACUCGGGCUUCCACAACCAGCGCAAGUCGCUCGUCAACGCUCUCGUCCUCGCCGAGCUCCUCAACCGCACCCUCCUCCUCCCUCCUGCCCGCCUCGGCUCGCCCAUCCCGUGGGAAAUGGACCCCAAGUUCCGCGUCGCGUUCUCCGAGCGCUGCAAGGCCGGUCUCGAGCCCGACAAGCCCCUCGUGACGCUCGCCAACGCGCACGCCGUCAGCGUGGGCGAGGCGUGCGAGGACCCGCUCAAGUGGACGUACACCGGGUGGGACUGGCUCAUCUCGCCGAGCCUGCUCGCCGGCCGGUCCCUCGUCGACCGGUGGAACUCGUCGUCGUCGUGGUUCACGGCGCCGCUCGACGAGGGAGGCCUCGGCCUGCGCCCCGACGAGAUCCACCAGUUUGCCGACGCCGACCGGCGCUCGUACCAGAUCCUCGACGACCGCGACGCCCCGAUGAGCGUCAAGCAGUUCACGUCGCGCAUCGAGCUCGACGACCUGCGCGACGAGGCCGGCCUCGGCGGCAAGCGCCUCCUCCAGUUCGGCAGCCUGUUCUCGAGCGCGCGGCUCAAGUUCGUCCAGGACGGCAACCGCAAGCUCCUCGACGACACGACCAACGCCGUCGUCCUCGAGAGCGGCGGGCUCGACGCCAUCAGCGACCGCAUCCGCGACCAGCUCGGGUCGUACGUCGCGGCGCACGCACGCCUCGGCGACGGUGUCUUCAAGUCCAAGGCCGUGUCGAACAUGCAGAACGUGUUCCGCCAACUCGGACACGACGUCCUCGGGCUCAAGAAGGCGCAGGUCGACGCCCUCCUCGCCGAGGUCUCGAGCAGCCCGCCUGCGCACAAGUCGGCGGGCAAGAAGGGCAAGGGCAAGGGAGGUCGGCAGAAGAAGCCGAGGGCGUUCGGGUCGCCGGCGCCGCCAGCCCACCUCCGGUUCAAGCGCGCCCUUGCGCUCGACCCGGUCUCGCCGUGGACCGAGAUCGACGACGACUACGACGAGGCCGACCUGCACCUCGGCGACGGCCGUGCUCCCUCUUCGCCGCUCCCUUUCGCCCUCGCUUCCUCCGGCCUCGACCGCCGUGCGCUCAAGGGCGGUCCCGCCCAGCCGAUCGCCUCGUCCCUUCACUGUCGCCGCCCUCUUCACGACGUCCACGCGACGCCUCACCUGGCCCGCCUCAACGUGCCGCUCUACAUCGCGACCGACUCGCGCAGCCCGACGACCGACCCCGCCCUCGCGCCGUUCAACCGCUGGUUCCCCUGCAUCUUCUUCCUCAGCGACUUUGCGCAGGCGAGCGAGGUCAACGACGAGCCGGUCGCAGAGCUGGAGGCGCUCGUCGAGGGCAAGGGCGUCGACGAGGGCGGCAACGAGUGGGUCAGCGACUGGGACGGGCAGGCCAUGGCGCGCUACCUCUUCCCUUUCCUCGAGGCCGAGAUUGCCGCUCGCGCCGUCGAGGUCGUCGGGACGCCGCAGUCGACCUUCUCGGGCUACGUUCGCGGCAUCCUCCACCAGGCGUACCUCCUGCGCGGCAUCACGGCCCCGUGGCGCAGGGCAGCUUGAGUGCCCCUCUCGAACUCGCCUCUCGCCCUCUCGCCUUCACCUACGUCGUCGGCCAUCUUCGUCAUCUUCCUUCGAUUUACCAACUCAUCGACUGGCGCACUCGGCCGGUCCAAGGUACGACCAUCGUGGCGCACCCGGCCCAUGAGCAGCAGCUCUCGCCCCCGUGUCCCGCCGCUGGACCCGCCCGAACCGUCCGCCGGCCGCCGAGACGAUGAGGCGACCUCGCGCCCGGCCGGUCCGCAACGCCCCGACCUGCGGCAGCAGCAGACGGACGCGCAAGCCAUCGAGGUGGCCCUGCUCGACGCCCUCAAGCUGAGCGAGGACGGCGAGGGUCAAGAACCGCUUGCGGGAGCCCAGGUCGACAGACGAUCGGCCGUCGCGUCGCCGCCGCCACCGCCGCAAGAUGCGCCCGUGCGACACACGCGCCCGGCGUUGCGGAGCGUCCAGAGCUCGUUCUUGACCAACUACUCGUCGACGAGGUCGCCCGCCAGCCGCACGACGUCGCAGACGAGCAUCAUCAGCACUCACGAGUCGGUGCCCAGCACCUCGUCGAUGCCGACCAAGAGCGCGCCCCAGUCGCCCUACGUCGCCCCGCAUGCCCUCAACCACGGCCCGAUCUCGCCGACGAUGCGCCGCAUGUCGCGCAACUCGAGCUGGGCCCCUCCUUCGCGUUCGCCCUCCGUCUCGUCCGAGAGCGCCUACCAGCACCUCCUGCCGUAUCAAGCCGGCCCGCCCUUCCCGGGCUUCUACGCCGGUCCAUAUCCUGUCGUCGGCGCCGUCCCAUACGCCCCGCCACGACCGCCGUCGAGCAACGCCCAGUACCCGCACGCCCAUGCGCUUCCUCCACCACAAGUCGCCUUCGCCCACCCGUUCGCGCCGCACGAGCCUGUCGUACCGCCUCGAGUGAGCCCGCCGUACGUCGCGUACCCGCCAGGGUGGCAGCAGCCGCACCCGAGCGUCCCGCAGGCCCAGCACGUCCCGUACACGUACGGCCCGAGUCCGCAAGGGUCGGUCGUCUACGACGACAGCGGCUCGCCGGUCUGGGCGUACCCUCAAGCCUACACGGCGCCACCCAUGUCGUACUACCCGUCGCCGCCAGCCGUCGCAGGGCCGCCUUUCGCCGCCUACCCUCGUCCGCCCGCCUACCCUCCUUUGUCGGUCGGCCCGUCCAGCGCCCCAGCAUACCCGUCCCCGGGCGCAGCACCGGCCCCUGUCGGGUACCAGAGGCACUUUUCGCCAGUGCCGGCGUCGCCGAGCGAGUUUGCCGGCGUGCGCUCGGGCCCGUACUCGCCGCUGCCCGACCAGGCGAGCGACCGCGGCUCGUCGUUCCAGUACCCGAUCUCGUCGAGCCGCUCGAGCACUUCGUCGCACCCGUCGUCGCGCGCGUCGUGGUCCACGACGAGCGGGCCGCAACGAAGCGCGCCGUUCGCGCACUCGCACCCGCACCCGCACCACCUGGGCGGCCCGCCGCCGAUCCCGCCGCGGCCCAUUCUUCCCGGCGCGCACGCCUCGUCUGGCUCGCAGCCGCACUCGAGCUUCUCGCCCAUGCCGACGCUCGGCGAGCGCGACUCGUCCGGCGGCGGCACCACGUCGAUCGGCUCGCCGGCGGCCAACCCGACCGUGUCGGUGUCGGGCGCGUCGCCGUCGUCGAUGAGCGGCAACGAGGCGGGCAUGACGAGCGCUCCCCUCGGGCCCCGGCCGCACGAGAGCGCGCCGGGCCGGUACGUCAAGCGCCGGGACCUUCCUCGACCGCCGACCCACUCGCCUCACGCGCUCUGGGUCGGCAACGUCCCGAGCGACGCGAGCCACGCCGAGCUGUGGCAGUUCUUCAAAAGUCGGCCCACGCCGCAGCAGUGCGGCGUCGUCGUCAGCCCGGGCGCCUCGCCGUUCGUCGACCUCGAGACGAACGGCGUCGAGUCGAUCCAUCUCAUCGCUCGGUCCAACUGCGCCUUCGUCAACUACCUCACGCCGCUCCACCUGCGCCACGCCAUCGCCGUCUCGAACGGCGUCGCUCUUCGUCCCGACGACCUGCGAGCCAAGAAGCUCGUCUGCCGCGUCCGCUACCAGGGCGACGACGCUCGGACCGGCGUCGGCGCCCAGCGUCAGGGCGGCAUGCACAAGGCGUUCGUGCGCGAGCAGCAGGCCCGCAUGGUCGAGGCGCAGAAGGCGCUCGCGCGUCUCGAGCUCGCGCACCCGCAGGCGCACAAGAAGGACGAGGACGAGGCGGCCGACGAGAAGCGCGAGAGCGAGGAGAGCGUCGGCCCGUUGAGCCCGGUCAGCGCCGGCCGCAGCGAGCGCGAGACGAGCCUGGCAAGCAUCCGGUCGGGCAGCACGACGAGCAGCUUCCUGGCCAAGCACUUUGAGCGACGCUACUUCAUCCUCAAGAGCCACAACGAGCAGGACCUCCUUCGCGCCGUCGAGACUGGCUCGUGGGCGACGCAAGCGCACAACGAGCCCGUCCUCCACCAGGCCUUCCGCACGGCCCGCAGCGUGUACUUGAUCUUCGGCGUCAACGGCUCGGGCUGCUGGUUCGGCUACGCGCGCAUGGUCGGCCCGAUCUCGGGCCAGGCCGUCUCGACGAGCUCGUCGCGCCAGUCGCGGUCGUCGCACGCCGACAAGAGCUCGGCCUCGACCGACAUGCGCAUGUCGUCGGCGUCGCAGACGAUCCUCGAGGAGGAGGAGCAGCAGCUCGUGUCGGGCGCCACCUCACGAGCGUCGUCCGGCCCGACCCUGUUCUCGCCGUCCGAGCAACGCCUGUGCGCCCAGUCGCCUCAAGCAUGGACGCCGUCGCCGUCGACCUCGUACGCCGGUCGUCUCGCGUCGGGCCUGUCCCCGACGACCCCGUCCGCCAACCGCACGCCCACAUACACGACGGGCGGCGGCGGCGGCGGCAGCAACGGCGGCGGCUCGGCCCCCACGACGCUCUCGGCGCGCAACCCGACUCGCGACGUGCCCCUGUCGGUGCAGCUCGCCAUGAGCCGCGAGCAGGACCUCAUCGCGCGCGAGACGGCCGACAACCUGCACCUGCCGCCGGCUGCGGCCGAGGCCGCUCGGCGCGCCGCAAGCCUCGACAGCAGCGUCCCGCCGCAGUCGGACUCGCAGCCGGUCAGCAGCACGGGCGCGACGCGGUGCGAGAACGAGCGCGAGCCGUCGCUGUCGCCGGGCGAGCUCGGCAGCGCGAGCGCGAGCGCGAGCUUGAGCGUGAGCAACGGGCCCGACAGCCCGAGGAAGGAGCUCAUCGCCAAUGCGGCGCAGGCGAGGAAUGCGAGGCUCGACGCCAUGGCCGGCUCGAAGCAGUCGCUCGAGGUGCCGAGCCCGUCCGGGACCGUCACCGAGUCGAGACCUGGUGUCGCUCGGACGGCCUCGUGGGGCACACCGUUCGCCAUCGAGUGGAUCCAAGUCGCUCCUCUUCCUUUCGCUCGGACUCGGCACAUCCGCAACUCGUUCAACGGCAACCGCGAGAUCAAGAUCUCUCGAGACGGCACCGAGGUCGAGCCUACCGCCGGCGAGCAGCUCCUGAGCGAGUGGUGGCGCGACCGCAAGUCGCCCUCGUCGUCGUCGCCGGCCGACGACGCGCCGCAGCGCCCGCCGAGCCCGCAGCCCGUCCUCGGCGCCUCGUCGGGCGCCAAGGGUCAAGAGCCCGACGAGGUCCUCAAGCAGUCGGUCAAGGUCGAGGAGGUCGAGGACAACGACCUGCUGCGGCUCGGCUUUGGCGUCGGGCAGCCGCUCAAGGCGAGCGGGCUCGCGGCCAUGGGCGACGCUUCGCCGACGUCGCCCGACGGCAGGGCCAACACGGCCUGA